GCACAGAGAAGACGUGUAAAAUAAAUAUACAAUGGCAGAAGGAGUGGAACAAUUGAAGAAAUUUCUUCAAAAUAUCGCAAAAAAAGAGAAUUAUCUACUUAGUAAAAUCGAUAUCAAACCAAUCUCUUCUGGAGGAGCCAACUACACCACAGAUUUAUACCUGGCCACAAUUUCAGAACCCCUAAAGCCGGAUAUAAAUAUUUUUGCCAAAGCCGCUAAUUUGAAUGAGGACGCAAGAAAAAACAAUGAAUUCCUAUGCAGGGUAUAUGAAACAGAAGCACUUUUUUACUCUGAACUGGUCGUAAACUUCGAAAGACUUUACAAUAAGCGCCAAGUCCCUCUAGAAGAGAGGUUGUAUAUACCUAAAUGUUACGGGCACUUAUUAGUCCCUUACGAGGAGAUUCUAGUUUUGGAAAAUCUUGAAGCCAAAGGAUUUAAGAACUUUGAUAGAAUGAAGACUUUCGAUUGGGACUAUGCUUCAACAGCUGUUACGCAGUUGGCUAAAUUUCACGCUCUUGGACUAGCAUUGCGUGAUGAAAAUCCUCAUGAGUUCACAAGAAUAGUCGGCAAUUUUAAAUUAGAUUUAUCCGAGAGCCAAGAGUUGAUGAACAUGUUUUUAACAUUUGCGAUUGAAAAUGGAUCUGAAGCCGUUAGGAGUGAUCAUAAGGAACGACUGCAAAAGUUUUUCACCUCGACGGAGAAUAUAGCGACGCUGAUGACAAUGAUGACGAAUGACGAAAUUUUUUUGGUUCAUGGAGAUUAUAGACCAAGCAAUUUGAUGCACAGGCGUUGCAACGGAAAGCUGGAAAUAGUCCCUCUAGACUACCAAACCCUGAAGAGUGGAAGUCCAGUAGCUGACCUGAUGCAUUUUGUCUUCUCUGGCUCUGAUGCUGAGUUUCGUCGUCUCCACUACCAGCGGCUCAUGGACCACUAUUUUACGCAGCUGACCUUGGCGUUGCAGCAGCUUAAUGUGGAUGUGGAGAAGCUAUAUCCUAGGGAAACCUUUGAUGCAGACCUGAUUAAGAUGAGACCCCUAGGUCUUUUCCUGGGCCUAUCGAUAGCGGGGAUGUUAACAGUGGCCCCAGAAGAAGCGCCCAAGCUGGAUGGAGACAUGUCCAAAAUUCGUAUCAAACCCAACCAGCUCGCUUUGGAGCGCAUAAAUGGGAUCGUUGAAGACUACGUUCGAUGGGGAGAAAGACGUGUAAAUAAAUAUACAAUGGCAAAAGGAGUGGAACAAUUGAAAAUAUUUCUUCAAAAUAUCGCAAAAAAAGAGAAUUAUCUAAUCAGUAAAAUUGACAUCAAACCAAUCUCUUCUGGAGGAGCCAACUACACCACAGAUUUAUACCUGGCCACAAUUUCAGAACCUCUAAAGCCGGAUAUAAAUAUUUUUGCCAAAGCCGCCAAUUUGAACGAGGACGCAAGAAAAAAUGACUUUCUAUCCAGGGUAUACGAAACAGAAGCACUUUUUUACUCUGAACUGGCCGUAAACUUUGAAAGACUUUACAACGAGUGCCAAGUCCCUGUAGAAGACAGGUUGUAUAUACCUAAAUAUUACGGUCACUUAUUAGUUCCUUAUGAGGAGAUUCUAGUUUUGGAAAAUCUUGAAGCAAAAGGAUUUAAGAGCUUUGAUAGAAUGAAGACUUUCAAUUGGGACUAUGCAUCAACAGCUGUUACGCAGUUGGCUAAAUUUCAUGCUCUUGGACUAGCAUUGCGUGAUGAAAAUCCUAAUGAGUUCACAAGAAUAGUUGGCAAUUUUAAAUUUGAUUUAUACGAGAACCAAGAGAUGAUGAACGCGUUUUUAAAAUUGGCGAUUGAGAAUGUAUGUGAAGGCUUGAACAGUGAUCAUAAGGAACGACUGCAAAAGUUUUUCGCCUCGACGGAGAAUAUAGCGACGCUGAUGGCAAAGAUGACAAAAGGCGAAACAUUCUUGACUCAUGGAGAUUAUAGACCAAGCAAUUUAAUGCACAGGCGUCGCAACGGAAAGCUGGAGGUAGUUCCUCUACUACCAAACCCUAAGGAGUGGAAAUCCAGUAGGUGACCUGGUUUAUUUCGUCUUCUCUGGCUCUGAUGAGGAGUUCCGUCGUCUCCACUACCAGCGGCUCAUGAACCACUAUUUCACGCAGGUAACCUUGGCGUUGCAGCAGCUUAAUUUGGAUGUGGAGAAGAUGUAUCCUAGGGAAACCUUUGAUGCAGACCUAAUUGAGAUGAGACCCCUAGGUCUGUUCCUGGGUAUAAUUAUGGCGGGAGGGCUAACAGUGGCCCCAGAAGAAGCGCCCAAGCUGGAUGGAGACAUAUCCAAAAUACAGAUCAAACCCAACCAGCUCGCUUUAGAACGCAUAAAUGGGGUCGUAAAAGACUACGUUCGAUGGGGAGUUUUGUAAAGAAUGUUAAAUAAAUUUAAUGUGGAGUUAAAGCAAAAAAAAUGUUAAGG